AUGGCUGGGGUUGCAGAACAGCAGUCACACCAGGUUCGCGGCUUCCGCAUCCACAAACGGGGGCUGGGGGGGUCUCCUAUGUACCUGCACUCUCUACAUCACACUCCUACCCACGUUCGCUCUUUCCUCUUUGCAAGUGAAAACAAGUCCCACAGCCACAGCCACGGCAGCAGCGAUAGCCACAGCGAUAGCCACAGCGAUAGCCACGGCCACAGCCGCAGCCUAACGAGCCACAAACUACCUACACAGUACAUGUACAGCCCAACAGCCAUGGAUGCCUUUGCAUCGCCUGUUCGUCUGGCCCCGCCCAUGACCCCUCGACACCCAUCCUCGCCCAUCAUGUCGCCGGGAGGCCGAAGAGGCCGCACACACGCCAGCUCGGAUGAGAGCCGUCUGCGCGACCUGUCUCCAGAGACCACUCUCCGCGCAUUCACAGAGCAGCCCGUCCCAUUCGACACAGCACGGGACGAAUACAAGAUCUUCGCAUGCAUCGACUCUCUCACCGUUGCCGAGAGGGAUCUGGGUGUGCGCGUAGCGAGGGCCGCCCAUCGCCUGAAGAGCUGGUGUGCUGAGAUCGAGCAAUGGGGCUGGACGGGCAGCUUCGAGCAGCCGAGUGAGCAGUAUCGGGAGCAGCGGCGGAAGAGCAUCGAGACGCGCAUCAGGGAGCAUGUGGCCGACACAGACUCCACCGGCGCCUUGCCGCCGCUCGAAUACUGGGGCUCGCUGUUGUCGGUCGAGGUGGAGCAGCACGAGGCUCGCUUGGACGAGAUCGAAGAGGAGAUGCUCAAGCUCCAUGUCGAGGAGCUCAAGGAGCACGUCCUGGAUAUGCAUCCGUCGAGCAGGUCAAGGCCCUCGUCUGCUGGCUUGGAGGCGGUUCGACAGAGUUACAAGCCCAUGGACGACUUCUCUUUCCUCAUCACCCAGACCCUCCUCUCUGCACUGCCGCAUCAUGCCCAGCUCAAGGAUCGCUUAAACACCUGGUCCGCCCGCGUCUCCAUCCUCCGUGCUGCUCCUCGAUUUGUCAGCGAAUUGGCCACAGCGAAGAAGGCCAUGCAACUGGGUUGGGACGCCAUAGAGCCCCCCGCAGAUACCUCAGACCAGGCCUUCUUGGAGUGGAAGGAUGCUGUAAACACGAUCUCGAGAGUACUUCGAGGCAAGGUCUCUGAUCUAGGGCAGCGCCUAGACCGGAUGCUCGACACGUUAGAAGGCCGUCAGGAUUGCCUGCCAGACUCCUGGAUAGACACAUUCGAAGAGACCGAAACAGAUUUUGGACAGUGGGCACACGAGUCAAGACGAAGAGUCAUCGAGUUAGAAGUGCGGAGGAGGGAGGAGGACAAAGGCACGAAAAUGCGGCGCGUUCGCCAGCAGCCGUCACCACAUUCCAAAGUCCCCCUUUUGGAUCCAAUACAAUCCCCUGCUAUAGAGUCUGUUUCAAUGGCUACAGCCAGCCCCGAGACGCCUCAAUUACCGCUACGAUCAGCGCCCAACAUCCUCUUGAAUCCCUUGACAAGCCCAAAAAGCUUUUCAGAGGCACAAGAGGCUACGUCUCCCGUCGCGGGCAAAGAGGCACCAAUUCGAACAGCCAAACCCAGCAACUCUCCUACUGCCUCAACAAAAUCCAACACCCACUCCCUUUCACCUAUCGAUGAGAACCAGGACGGCCCCGAAGAUAUUGUGCAAGCACCUAAAAAUAAAAAGGUCUCCUCAAGCCGUCCUCCCUCGCCUUCGGUCUGUCCUGCUCCUCGUCAACCAGGCACACCGGGGUCGCCUCUACGCAAUGAGUUCUCUGUGGAUGAGGCGAGCAGUUUGCAAAACCUGCAUGGAUUCAAUCAAACCGUCUUCAGUGGUGUGCAAGUACCACGUAUUGCUUUAGACUCUGCAAGCUCUCCAUCUGUGAUGUAUUCUCCCACAUCAAAUGAAAAUCCGCUUGCGCAGAAGGCCAACCUUGAUCGUGGAAUCGUCAACUUGGACGACGAGUCCGAAUUCGAGGAGGGCGACACUGUAGUGCACUACGAGACUGAAGAUAGUCCCGAGUACGCUGCCCCUGUGCAAUCAUUUGCAGACAUAUCUCCUAGUGCUCAGAAUGAGAAGUAUGAUAACACGCCUGGUAUGCUACCGAGUCGCUCUAAGCCUCGUGUGCUGUCCAAUCCUUCAGCUAUUGUCUCUACAGAUGGCGAUGAUAGUGCACUGUUCGAGCCGCCACAAACGCCACGCUCGCGAACUGGUAGUGUUGGUUCGCUGUCAUCAGAACUAUCCUUUGAAUCAGGUUCUCCGAGUAAUAUUGAAGAGUCACCUUCGAUACGGAAUGCUGCUCUUCGUGCCGGCAGAGCCCCUCGCCCAGAGCUCAAUGCUGCCAUGUCGAAGCGACGUACAACGAAGAUGAUUGCGGACGAUGCUAUGACGAGUACACCGUGGCCACCCACGAGCUUUGCCCCAAAAUCUGCAAGCAGUGCCGAAGAGUUGGAGAAGAAGAUCUCUGACAUCUUGACUACCAUCCCAGCUCACAUCCGCCUCACCUCGGGCCCUGGUGCAGAUGCCCCUGAAGUCAAACCAAACCGCGGUCUCGUUGCCAAAGGCAGUCGUCCAUUUCUUCGUGCAAAGCGUUCAGUGAGCGGUCUCAAGUCCCCCGAGCUCACUUUGUCACCUGCCAAAAGUGAAGAGACAGGGCACACCAUCACAGGAAGAAGGUCUGCUGCCAACCUCCGGGGCGACAACGACAUCAAGCUGUAUCAUCUAACGCAGCCUGGGAAAGAACAGCCUGUCAAACUUUUCAUCCGCCGCGUCGGUGAGAACGGCGAGCGGGUCAUGGUCCGCGUAGGAGGCGGAUGGGCCGACCUAGGUGAAUACCUGCGCCAAUACGCAGAACACCACGGUCGCCGCACCGCCAGUGAUGGCAAAUUCGAGAUUCUCGGCCUCGAAGUCAAGAACACAGACACUUCCCCUGCUCGGCCCGACAGCGCCACCUCCAGACCCAGUCGAGGCUUCAGCUGCGGCGCCGCCACGUCAGCCAGCCCCCUCACCACCCCCAUCAAGUCGGCGGACACGGGCUUCGCAAACAAUGAGCCACCGCCCCGUCUAUCCAGUUUCUCAUCCACCCCCGGCACCGUCGAGGAACCAUCUGCCCCUUCGACAGGUUCCUCGCAACGCUCGUGGCAAGGUCACGAAGUCGGGCUCGCGGGACCCAAGUCGAAGAAACUGGAUCUCAGUGGCGAGAAGUUGGAGUGGAUCGAGGGCAUGAUGAAGCAAGCUCGUACUGUUAGUGGGACUGUCAUUCCACCAUCGAAUACCACGCCCUUUCAGCGUGACGAGCAGUAUCCGCGCGGCGAGAGCAGGAGUGAGAGUCGUUCCGAUAGUCGGCCUGGGACGAGGGCUGCGGCCAAGAAGCCCGAGUUUGGCGAUUUGGGCAAGAUUGGGGCGACGAAAAGGAUCUUUUUGAAGGGGGGCAAGGAGGGAGGUUGA